UGUAAUGAUAAAUGCUACCCUGGGUACAGCAGAAAAAAGAAGGAGGGGAUGAAAUUUUGUUGCUACGACUGUUAUCCAUGCCCAGAGGAAAUGAUCUCAACACAGGAAGAUUUAGAUUACUGUACCAGAUGCCCCGAAGAUCACUUCCCUAAUAAUCAUAGAGAUCACUGCAUCCCCAAGAUUCAAAGUUUUCUUUCUUUUGAAGAUACUUUGGGCAUUGCUUUGACUUCCCUGGCUCUUCUCUUUGCCCUGAUCACAGCUCUGGUGCUGGCAGUCUUCAUCAAGCAGCGGGACACUCCCAUCGUCAAAGCCAACAACCGGAGCCUCACCUACCUUCUCCUUGCCUCUCUCCUCCUCUGCUUCCUCUGCGCUUUGCUAUUCAUCGGACAACCCAAGAAAAUCACCUGCCUCCUCAGACAAACAGCUUUUGGCAUCAUCUUUUCGAUUGCUGUCUCUUCCGUUUUGGCUAAGACUAUUACAGUGGUUGUGGCUUUCAUGGCCUCCAAGCCAGGAAACAUUUUCCGGAAAUGGGUGGGGAAAAGAUUGGCGCAUUCUGUUGUAUUGUGUUGCUCCCUCGUUCAAGUUGCCGUUUGUGCUCUUUGGUUGGGUUUUUCUCCCCCAUUCCCAGAUUUGGACAGUCACUCAGUGUAUGGAGAAAUCAUAACUGAAUGUAAUGAAGGGUCAGUCACCAUGUUCUACUGUGUCCUGGGUUAUAUGGGCUUUCUAGCCACUGUCAGCUUCACGGUGGCUUUCCUUGCUAGGAAGCUGCCAGACAGUUUCAAUGAAGCCAAGUUCAUCACUUUCAGCAUGUUGGUCUUCUGCAGUGUGUGGCUCUCCUUUGUUCCAACUUACCUGAGCACCAAGGGGAAAUACAUGGUGGCCGUGGAGGUCUUCUCCAUCCUGUCAUCUGGCUCAGGUUUACUGAGCUGUAUCUUUGCUCCUAAAUGCUACAUUAUUGUUUUUAGGCCUGAUCUGAACAAAAAGGAGCAGUUAAUACGGAGAAAACAUUAA